CAUCUUGAAGAUGACAGCGUACAUUUGUGUGUUUAUAAGUGUUUUAAUUUUAGUUACAACACUGCAUUACUCUGACGCUUACUGGCGUAACGAUCUCAAACAUGAAGCUAUAAAAGGAUUAAAACAAGAAAACAUUUUAAAACGACAUAAGAGGCAAGAAGUUUCUCAUGCAACUGCAGACGACAAAGAAGGAUUGCAGCUGGAGUUUCCACAUAUAGUUCCUGUAGCACUUGGUGGUGGAGGACGUGGUUGCCUAGGGGUAUUGCUGUCUGAAAAUUUUGUCGUUGGAUCAGCGCACUGUCUACACUCCAGCACUUCUGUAUCAGUCCAUGGAGAACUCGUUAAUGUCUCAAAAAUUAUUAUUCACCCUAUGUACAACGCACGUAAAAAAAAUUAUGAUAUUGGAUUAUUGAAGCUCGCGGCAAACGUGAAUAUACAAUCAACUGUUGUACCGGCCUGUCUAUGGUUGGAUGAUAAUAUAAGCAUUGCCAAUGUUAAAUUGAUUGGAACAAAUGAAUUUUUUGAUACAAAUUCUAUAGUGCAGACCACGAGGAUCACACUAAAAAAUGCCGAAAAAUGUCAACCAUACCUCAAUUAUAUCUCGCUACUCACUGGAUUCUCACUUACAGUACAUCAGAUGUGUGUCUUUUACGAAUUCGAAGAACACUGGCGGUGGAAAGGUGGACUAGUUUAUGUGGAUUUAAUUUAUGAGAACCACAUUGUUCCAUUUGUUAUUGGAAGUGCCUCGUUUGCUCCGAUUCGUGGUUUACAUAGACUACAUGGAUUUAGCAAACUGUCCAAAUUUGUUGACUGGAUAUCCAAAAUCAUGCGCGAGGAAGGGGCAGAUGUAUCGUUUGAGCCGUUGAUUUGUGCCAAGCGCCAUUUAGAAUAUCGACGUCAAAUUAACAACACAACAUCAUUCGAGCCGAACAUCGCUGUUGACACCACGGUAUCCAUUCACAGCCACCCCGAUGCACCUCACACAAAGAUUUGUGUAGGAGUAUUGAUAAGAAAAGAUGCCGUGAUCACAUUGGCACAGUGUGCGAGCAAUUUAAUGUCUUAUACUUCCAGAGUAGUUUUAGCCGAUGGGUCAUUCAUUGCGAUCCGAGAUAUCAUUAUUCAUCCCGACUACUCGGACGAUUCUCUCUACAGUAAUAUAGCCAUUUUAAAACUUGUCUCGCAAGCAUCUGUUACUCCUAUCGAAAUAGCACCAUAUUACUCAAAACAUGAUAAAAUAACAUUAUACGCUAGUGUGAUCAAUGGCGACCAAUCAAAAAAUAACAAGUUCUUUGCCGUCCAUGGACUUAACGUGCGGUUCAGUUACGAAUGCAACCCGUCGGAAGAGCAUCAUUCUCGACUUUUGAAAGGAUUGCAUCCUGAACAUAUGUGUCUACAGAACAAUCAUACGCUUGUUCCGGGUAGCUGCGAGGCACACCCAGGUUCAGCUGUAUUUUGGUAUCAUAAUGAUAAAAAAUACUUGCUGGGGUUGUACAUGCAUGGGGAAAAUUGUGGCUUCGGAGAUCAAGCGCUCGGUCUGUAUGUGUAUGCAUACAAUGCAUGGAUCCAUUCAGUUAUUGAAACACCAUCGCAACAUUCUCUGGGCUACGUUUUUCCAUUCUUAAAAACAUCGGACGAAUGUUCUUACCCAGAUGGUGCGACAGGUACUUGCGUAAGCCAUAUAAACUGUCCCAAUAUAUCGAAAAGAGCUGGAAAAAGUUUACCAAUAUUUUACUGCAGUAGCAGAGCAAUUGUGUGUUGUCCUAGACAUUUGGAAGCACAGAAGGAAGAGGAACAUGAAGGAAUAGCGUUUGCUUUCUACCGUACUGUGUAAAAAUGUCAUCGAUGUACAUAUAUAUAUAUUUUUUUGUACUACGUAUUAUUUGAGUGUGGUGUAAUGAAGUUUCUAGAGUCUAGACGAAUUUAACGACAACACUGCACUUGAAGUGUGACAAAACAACAGAUGCACAGUCGAGAUUCGGGACAACGUGAAUCGGAUUGAUCAUUUCGUUUUCCAAAUACAACUGGAACGUUGCUACCCAGCAAAUUUUGUCAUCCGACAUCAGUAAUGUUUUUUACUGAAGCGGUUCAGUAAUAGAAUAUUUAACUGAUUUUGAGCGUAAAGGUCAUGUUUUUACUGAUUUUGUUUUCAGUGAAAUAAUUUGCUGGAUGCAUUUUAGUAAUACGCAUUUUACUGAUAAUCAGCAAAAUAAGCGUCAAAUCAGUCGUUUUACGGGAUAUCAGUUAAACAAAUGACUCAAAAUGCAGCAAAUCAUUCUGUCAAAUUGACCUGUUAGUCAGAACAUCCACACAAAUCCAUGCGGUGCUCGCUUGCUUGUGAUGUGAAAAAAAGUUGAUUUUGGUAGGCGCUUACAGACACCCUGGUGAAAUUUCAGGUGAAAUUUCGGCUUACGGGACUAAUAUCAAACAAUUGACAGCCGUGUUGGUGUGUCAAAUAUUUGCUACAAUUAACAAUGCCUGAUGAAAUUUCGUUGAGUCUGUGAGCGCUUACUGAACCACCAUAACUUGUUGCGGCAAAAUACAGUUUAAAAACUGUAUUAUACAUCAUAAAACAUGGAUGAACAUAAAUUGAGAGACUGCCAAUUGCUGCGCAUCAAUAAAAUACUUAAUUUGGAAUAAAUAUUUCACUUUUCAAUAAUAAUAAACUUUUCAGUAAUAUGCUAAUGGCAUUACUUUGAUUGCAGUAAACGAGCUGUCAUUUUGGUGAGCACCCAAACUUACUGAAUGAUUCAGAAAAUAUUAUUUUUACUGAAAGGAUUACUGAAUCUUCAGCUCAAAAAAAUUCAGUUAAAUUCAAGGCCCAGUAAAAGUUCAGUUUGCUGAGGUUUUCUAUGUCUAUGGGUUUUUACUUUACUAUCUGUGGUAUCUCACUCAAAUUUAGCUCAUUUGAUACAUAGAUUAUCUGGAAAAAGUUAACACAACCUGCAAAAAUAUGGUCGAUACUGUAUUUUUAACUUAAAUUAAAAAAAACUCCUUCUAUCAACAAGCCCGAUCUCUUUCCCGUUGACUGGAUGUCCCAUAUUUCAUUGACUUUUGCCAGUAGUAUUCUUCUUCUUCUUCUUCUUUGGCAAAGCAACCGCUGUUGGUCAAGGCCUGCCUGUACCCACUGGUGAAAUGAGCUUGGCUUUCAGUGACUUAUUGUUACCAUAGCAGGAUAGUCAGUCCUACGUAUGGGGGCACGGUCUAUUCGGGACUUGAACCCAUGACGGGCAUGUUGUUACGUCAUACGAGUUGAUGACUGAACUACCAGACCUAGUACCUAGUGCCAGUAGUACAGCCGAUCAAAGAUGAUAAUGAUGAACUCAUUGGGGUAUAGUUUCUAUAAACAUGUGUUGCGAAAAUUCUUUAGUUUUACAAAGUUGAAGUCGAGUGCACACCCACUUUUAAGGUGAAAAGGUUUCUCUAGCCAACUCAACAUUGAUAGCUUCAUUUCUAAUCCUUAAAAUCGCAAUUCAACAUUGUCAAAUGUAUGUCGAACAUACACAAACCAUUGACAGAUCAUUGGAGUUUCCAUUAUUAUUAUUCAAAUGUAUUUUACAGGAUUGAAUUGUUUGCUUAAGGUGAACUAGAGGAACCUUAUAUCAAGCAAUCAUUUACGAUUCACUUCGGCUGAACGGAAUUUCAAAUAAGAAAAAAAAUCAUGCUUUAUAUUCCCGACAGAAUUAAAAAUAAAUUAUAAUGAAAAUCUAAGCAUAAUAUGAUAAAAUACUGUGGUUUUCACGUUGAUAACUACCACAACAAAAGAUUCCAAUGUACUUCAAGGAUUCUGAACCUGAGUAAUAUUAUUUAUUGAGGAAAUUACAAUGGGAUCGUAUUGAAACACAACUGCUAAGAAUGACUCCUGGAUAAAAACAAAGAGUUUUGAAAUUACUUGUUCGAAACAGAAACUUAUAUUUGCUCUGUUGGCAGUGUUGGAGUAAUAUCUCGCUGAAACGGGGUGGAUCCGAAGAAGGUUAACAUACACACUAAAAAAUAUUUCAUGAGCUCAGUUAAAAAUAUUGCCGAAAUCAAUCAGCUAUAGCCCACUUUACUGAUAUCUCAGUUAAAAUUUCACAAUUGUCGACAACGAGUUUUACAAAUAACCGAAAAUUCAGUUGACUUUAUUUUUUACUAAAUCACGGCAAAAUGGUUUACCAAGCUCGUUCUUUAACGAUGCUGUCACCGAUCUCAAGUGUCAAAAUGACCGAUAUCUCGGUUUAAUUAUUUUGUUUGUCGAGAUUCGGUAAUCGAUCUGUCAUUCGCCUUGUUGUUUACAUCGUGUGCAAAGGAAACAAAGUUUGAUCGAAUCAUAGUAUCAAUGCAGCAAAAAUUUCACAUUCAGGAACUACAUUAUGUAAGAUACUACGAUCUUUCUGCAGCGGUGGAAGUUUCUUAUGUGCUGUAGUUACAAAUAAAUGUUUCUGUCCAGAAUAAAUCGAUGUUACCGGACGUUGAGUGCUAUUGUUACAUGCCAUUAAAACGAUGCAACAGUUUUAGGCUAUAAAAAACAAUUACUAGCGAUAUCCGACAAUCUUCCAGUUUAUUGGAAUUUUUGUUUUCCCAAACCGAAAUCUCAGUUAUACACGUAUUCUGUCAUUGGUCAUUAUUAGACGAGAUUUUCGGUUAAACAGAUUUAAUAAGGCUAUGAUAGCCGAGAUCUCAGUUGUGCAAAUCUCGGUAUUUUUUAACCGAGAAUCGGCAAAACAUUUUAAGAGUGUAAGCUAUCCACACCCAACUCCUACUCAAUACGUCCCCGUCGUACAGAACAGUAACAUGUUUCUCAAUUAUCCAAGGUUGGGAAUACGGGGAAACCCAACCCCUUGAGCGGAUGGGUUGCAUGGUUCAAUUGAGAGAAGGGGUAGAUGAUUGUUCUCCAUGACUCUGGGAGUGACUGGUCUCCAUGUUAGGAGCGGCUCCCCGCCAGCGUAUGCCUUAUCCCGAAGGGCUACACUGGUUUCUCUAGUCUUGGCUCGCUGCAGGACUCUAAAGAGCCAGCGAGCGUAGGCCCUACGACGAGACUGGGGGUUAGGGGAGAGGCCUUGCAAGCCACCCUCGCAAAAAAUGUAUUGCAACGAAAAGUCAACGAGAAGCAAUACCAUAUCGGACCAAUCGAUUCAGACCCACGCACCGAAAAAGAACCGAACCCUCUCAUCGGAUGUAAAGACCCGAAUUGCGCUCGAAAUAGUAACACUUCUGGCGGUAUGCUGGAAAGGCCGUAGCAACUGCACGAUCUACUAGAGCGGUGCAGAGACGCUCGAGCUCGGUACUGCGUUCAUGGUGCUGGGUGCGAUGCAGCAGAGAGUGAUCGAGUGGUGGCCGGUCAAUGAACGGAUGUGCAGGUUGAGGAUUUGUGACAGAUUCUUCAACCUGAGCAUUAUUAAUGUGCACAGUCCGCAUCUUCUAUACGCACCUGGAGAGGGUUUACGACCGCUGUCUAAAACAUGAUGUGAAGAUCGUUAUCGGCGACAUUAAUGCACAGGUCGGACAGGAUCAGCCAAAUAAUCCAACCACCGGAAGUUUCAGCGUCCACCAGCCGAUAAAAUGUGCCUCCUCCAAGUGUUUAGGGCAAUACGAAACGCUGUUUCAUUACACGUUUGUCCUUGGUUCAAGCCGGAAUUCUGCAAAAUAAGUAGCGAACUUGCACCUGCCACUGGACGCCAAUUAUAAACAAAAUAAUGUCAAAAUAAUAGCACGGUGAAAAAGGGAGGCUUUGGUCUGUGCAAUAAAUAGGAUCGAAGUACUCUCUUUGUUCCAAAUAUUAAACACAGUGGCGGAUCUAACGGAAGGCGGACUAGGCGGUCGCCAGGGUCCCCGCCGAUUUGGGGUCCCCGUAGAUCGCUAAUUUAUAGUAUGCCGUAUGUAUUACAUGUCCCGAGGAUGGCGAAUCAUUUGCACCCUCCCCCCUCUCCACGCCUGUGAGUGCCUGUGACUGAUUAUCGUAGGGUCCCCCCGACGGUAUUUCAAGCUCCAUCUCUACCAAGUUCAAUGCCAGUACUAACCCCCCCCCUCCCCUCUCCCUUUAAAACACCAUUUACUAUUUACAGGAGGUUUCAACUUGUCUUAUCGCCUAGGGCCCCCGAUACCCUCAAUCCGCCGCUGAUUAAACAGUGGAUUAAAAUAAGUGUUUUCUACAAAAAGUUCACAUUUUUGCAACCAAAUCGUUCGAUUCGAAUCGAUUUAAAUCAAAAUAUACAGUUUAAGUGGUUCAUAGAGCGAAAUAUACAUAAUUUAGUAAAGUACAAUUCUUAGCGGUUUAGCUAAGAAAUCUAUU